AUGGCAACAUUGAAUGAACCGAAUACGACUAAUGAUGACAUAGGCAUAAAUAACAUACUAGAUCACAUUUUCACUGAAAAGGAAAACAAGGCUGAAUCAGAUGACAUAUCUAACACGAUUAUUAAAGAUGAUGCUACUCUGUAUCAAUUAUUAGAUGAACUUUCUGGGACUCGUAAACUUAUGAGUUGUUUAUUCGGUCCUGCCCAGGAGAUCAAUCUUUCUACUAAGGAUAAUAAAUUAACAUCGAGGACACUCCAGUUUGGUGAAGAAUGGUACAGACAAGAGCAUAUAGUAUUGGACAAUUCCAGCACAACACGGGCUCUUAGAAGUGAUACACCUGUCUAUUUCUCAUGGUCGCACGAUAGUAAACGUAAAUCUAGGCCGUCCUCACCGGUGAAAGCACAACACUAUCAGGAUGAACAACCUGAGAUAAGCCCAUCACGUUCGACAACGGAAAUUCCAUCUAAGAAUUUGCUGAAUAAUCAGCGAUUAUUGGGGGUUGUUGCUGAACAAAUGAAAUCCUUUAAGAAAUCUUCAUAUUCAUGGGGGGAUAUACUAAACGAUAAUGGCGAAUCAGAUCCAAUAAAAACUGAUAAGGAAACCGCCUCGAUUGAUUCACAUCCUGAAUAUAAAGAAAACGUUUCGAUUAAAAAAUCUACAUUUAAAGUAAACCCACUUGCGAAAUUUGUAGCUCAAGAAUUACCUAAACCCAAGAAACAUGAAAAUAAGAGCCCCUCUAAAAGUCAUCAUUCGAAGAGUAAAUUGUGGUUUUGGGGUAGUAAGAAUUCGAAGAAGAAACAUAACAAGAAUAAAAACGAUAAGAAAACUGUAGAUGAGGUAUUGGAUGAUACUUCUAAGGGUAAAGGAAACCCAGUAAUUUAUGAAUCUCCAACGAAUAAGCAAGACAUGACGAAUGCAAAUAUAGAGGAGCAUCACCCGACAAACAAUGUUCUGAACGAAUUGUUUGAGGACGAUCCGAUUGGUGAAACAGAUAAUGACUCUACUAUUGGAUACCUACAAAGCCAAGAUAAUAGUGCACUUGAACUACAACUAACUAAUACUAAUACUAAUAACCUUGACAUACUUCCUUCUGAGACAUCGAGAACUGAUAUUAUAAAUUUGUCAAAUAGUGCAGAAUAUCCGGGGAACCAUGACUUAGUAACAGAUAAUGUGACUACAAUAAACGAUAGCGAGGUAGAGAAAACUAAUAUGGAAGAUAGUUCAAAUGAUGAUUCAGAUGAUGAUUUCGGGAAUUUUGAGCAGGCAAUGCCCAACACUGCCCCUGAACUCCAAAUCCUAGAUUUGUCACCACCACCACCACAGCCACCAAAAACAAUCACUACAACAACUACAACAGAACGAGACUUUGUAAAACCAUCUAACAUAUUACCAGAGUUUACUGAACUUCAAAAAUCGGGUAGCAACAACAAUGUCAACAGUAGCAGCACUAUUAAUCUGAUGAUGAAUUCCUUUGUACCAUUGCAACCAUCUAAAAAGUGA